UCCUAUACACAAUUAUCUAAUAUACAAUAUACAUACUUAUACUUAUAAAAUCUCAUUUCUCAACUUUCUCCUAUUAAAUGCAAUGUAAUUCGGUUGAGUUUACGUAAAUUGUUUUAUGUGUGUUUGGACCAAACAAAUUAACAAAUCGAACAGUUGGGUAUUCAAUAGUUUUUUUAUUUGAUGUGUAUUUUCGAUUUGAAAUAGUGUGUGAACUGUGUCUAUUUUACAUUUCGCAAAAGUCAACACACUUGUGUGGUGCAUGCAGUAUACGUAACAACAAUAACAUCCUCUUGUCUGCGACUAAAGAUGACUUCUUUCUUAUGCAGGAGUCAGUAACAUGGAGAAGACAUCCAAUGGCAUUAGAAUUCGUUUAAAGGAUGCCAACUUUGAUAGUAUCAUUGUUAAGAAUUAAGUAGUGACAGACAAAAGUGAAAAAAUUAAGACCAUGGAGUAUUAUUUGGAUAUCCAAGACAAAAACGUAGCUGAGGGGAAUGAGGAUGCACAGUUCAUAACUAUGGAAGAUGGCGAGCCUUAUUUAGCCAUGGAGGAGGAGAGUACAGAAGAAAUUGUUCUGGAUGAGAAAAAUGUCAUCAUCUGGGAUGAACUUUGCAGAAUAUGUGCAAAUUCUAGUGAACACUUUAUGCCGAUUUUUAAUGGUGAAGGACUAGAACACGAUUUGCACAGCAAAAUUCAAAGUUACUUACCUUUUAAGAUAUCCCAGGAAGAUUCACUGCCACUUCAAAUAUGUUACAAUUGUGCUGCAACUCUGAUUUCGUGGCAUGAUUUGUUUAAGAAUUGCCUUGAUGCCCAGGAAAGACUUACCGAAUUACAGAAUAAAUUGAAUGCUAAAGAACAGUUUUGCAGUGAACAAAGUUUUGAAAAUGCCAGAGAAGAAGAACACUGUGGUACUGUAUUGAAAAUUGACACAGACGAUAAUGAACAGCAGAUUCCACCUCAACAUGAAAAAAAUGUAGAAGUCCCUGAUGUUCCAGAAGAUGACAGAAGCACGAGGGAGCCGCAAUUCACGUACAUGUGCGGCGUCUGUGAUCAAGUGUUUCCCGAAGAAUUCUCACUGAUUCGUCACCUGAAGAAGGAACACGAAGCCAACUCGCGCUGCUCGACGAAUCCCGUCCGUUACGAGUGCAACGCCUGCGGCAAAUCCUUCACCAAUCGAAUCAACCUCGUGUCCCACAUACGCAAUCACGAGGUAGAAUUGCCGGGCGAGGAGGGCAUCACGAAGCGAGCCAAGUUUUACAUUGACCAGGAGAUGCUCUUCAAGUGCCCGACCUGCGAGCGAGUGAUGGCCAACAGAACCAGUUUCCUGCGCCACAUUCGCGUACACUCGAACGAGCGCCCGGCCAUGUGCCACGUUUGCGCCAAGAGCUUUCGCACCGUCGCCGAUGUCAAGCGCCACAUCGACGACGUUCAUCUCAAGAUAAAGCGCCACGAGUGCGACAUUUGCCAAGUCAGGUUCGCCGCCAAGGCUACCCGCGACGCGCAUCGGCGCAUACAUACCGGUGAAAAGCCGUUCGAGUGCGACAUGUGCCACAAGUUCUUUCGCUCGAUCAACUUGCUCGGAGCCCACAAGCGCACCCACACGGAUUACCGGCCUUAUCCCUGCAGGUAUUGCGACAAGGCCUUUCGCUGCAGGCAGAAGCUAGAAACGCACGAGUCCAUACACACGGGUAUCAAGCCUUUCGAUUGCGACGUUUGUGGCAAGCUGUUCUCGGCCAAGGGUGAGGCCAAGCGCCACCAUAGGAUUCACUUCGACGAGAGACCGUAUCUGUGUCCCGACUGCGGUAUGAGCUUCAAGUUGUCCAGAUAUUUGAGAACUCACAUCAGGCAAUACCACAAAAAUCAGGCUGAACAAAUGCUCAAAGCCAUUGACGAAGGCUCUAAAUCAUCAGUAGCGAAGAUUGCCGAUGGUUAAAUUAUUCCAGUACAAUGACAGUUCACGAUUUAAUUUUUCGUUAAUAAUAUUAUUUGAUUUGUCACUAUUUACUGCCUGAAAAACCAAAAAAGCAUGUAUACGUUUGCGUAUGGAGUAAAAUGUACUCUGCAGCGAAAAAUUAAGGAUAAUAAAGACUUGUGUGCGGCCUAAUGUAUAAACGCAAAUAAAUAAUUUCACCCGUAAAA